UUUGGCCGCUGGAAGGUGAACAGCCUGGCUCUAGAGAGACAGGAUAACAAUGAUCUGGCCCUGCCUCUGGACCCUGAGUUCCUCCAGACCAUCAGGCACCUGGGCAGACGGCCCAGCCUCAGCUCAAUCACAGACAGCAUCAUCAGGAAGUAUGGAACACACUUCCUACUCUCAGCCACCCUGGGGGGUAAGAAUAAUAAAACAUGUAUUUAUUUAUUGGUGUAAUGAUUGGAAGGCCAAUUUCUUUCCACUCAAUCUGUAUGCUGCUGAUUCUCAGCUUCAGAAACACAUUAUUUCUUUGCUGUAUAGGUGUCGUAUUGGAUGUGGACUAUUCCCGGCCCAGUUCUCAGUGCAUAUUCUGCUCCUCUCUGUGCCCUUGUUUGUGUUUAGGGGAGGAGUCGUUAAUGAUCUUUGUGGACAAGCAGCGGUUGAGUAGGACAGUGGAGGCAAGCGAGGCCAACAGUACGGCCGUGACUCUGGAGGCUCUGCACCAGCUGGCUGCCUCCUACUUCAUCGACAGAGAAAGCACCCUGCGCAAGCUGCACCACAUCCAGAUAGCAUCCACAGCCAUCAAGGUAAACCUA